AUGUGGGGCAGCACGCUGAACCUGGGGAAGCCCAGUCGCUGUGAAAAAACAGCGGAUAACAAGUUUCAUCCAAAUAGGGCUUUAGAGAAAUCCGCCGAAUCACAUCACAACAGGAAUCAAGAAUCAAGGGAGGAUAUAUUCCAAGGCCUUGAGAGCGCACUCAGCGAGGGCGAUUUGGCCGCUCUGUCCAAUCCACAAAGAGCGAGAGAGGAAAUCAAGGCGGAAUCUGAGAAUUUAAGCCCACCGGCUGGGGACAACAAGUCAAGUUCCAGUACUUUGCCGCCUAUCAAAUCCAAGACCAACUUCAUUGAAGCAGAUAAGUACUUCCUGCCGUUUGAGUUGGCCUGUCAGUCCAAAUGUCCGCGCAUCGUCAUCACCUCUCUAGACUGUUUACAGAAACUCAUAGCAUAUGGUCACCUAACGGGCAGCGCUCCAGACAACACCACCCCUGGAAAAAAGCUCAUAGACAGGAUCAUAGAGACUAUAUGUGGCUGUUUCCAAGGACCGCAGACGGAUGAAGGCGUCCUAUUGCAAAUUAUAAAGGCCUUGCUCACAGCCGUGACCUCGCAGCACAUAGAGAUCCACGAAGGUACGGUUCUCCAGGCCGUGAGAACGUGCUACAACAUCUAUCUGGCCAGUAAGAACCUCAUCAACCAGACCACGGCCAAAGCCACCCUCACACAGAUGCUGAAUGUGAUAUUCGCCCGCAUGGAGAACCAAGCACUUACAAAUCACAAGAUCAGUUGGUCUUUGGCAUCAAGAAAGCGAGAUCGUCAGCUGCAGGAAGCCAAGCAGAUGGAGAGAGAAAGGCACAGGCAGCAUUCUCCAGUCAGCCAGCAAGAACCAGAGUCUCCUGGACAGCGGCACACUGACACCCCCGGCAAAAGCCUGCCCUCGGAGGCCAACGGUGGACCGGGAAACCAGGGCAGCAAGGUCGAGCAGGGAUCCCCACUGUACGAGAGUCCCGAACCAGAGAACGGCACGGACUUCUGCCCUGCGGAGAAUGAGCAAACCGAGGCAGACCAGGCUACUGCUGCUGCGCAAAGUGCGGCAGAGCAUGACAAAGAAGCAACCGAGGAAGAAGAAAACUACGAAGAGAAGGCGCAGGAGAUUGUACAGAGCAUUUUGCAAGAAGUCGUGAACACAAUUGCUGGAGAUGUUAAGGAAAGCCGUGAGGGCGAGGCUGAGCCAGCUGAGGGCAUUCCAAACUCUCUGGAAGAGGAGGGAGGGUUGGGCAGCGACAACGAAAAUGUUCACGCCAACAGCAUCCCUGGCACGCCCAUCUCUGCGAGCUUCACUCCGUCCCUACCCGACGACAGGCUGUCUGUCUCCUCCAAUGACACUCAGGAAUCGGUAGCUACCACUGGUCCAGCACCAGGUGCAAAGUUUUCCCACAUUCUCCAGAAGGAUGCAUUCUUGGUAUUCCGUUCACUCUGCAAGCUCUCCAUGAAGCCCCUUUCAGAUGGUCCCCCUGAUCCGAAAUCCCAUGAGCUGCGGUCCAAGGUCCUCUCGCUGCAGCUUCUCCUGUCCAUCCUGCAGAACGCUGGGCCCAUCUUCAAAACCAACGAGAUGUUCAUCAACGCCAUCAAGCAGUACCUGUGCGUAGCGCUGUCUAAAAACGGCGUCUCGUCUGUCCCUGAGGUGUUCGACCUGUCGCUGUCCAUCUUCCUCACCCUCCUGUCUAACUUCAAGACACAUCUCAAGAUGCAAAUCGAGGUGUUUUUCAAAGAGAUUUUUCUUUAUAUUCUGGAAACGUCCACAAGCUCGUAUGACCACAAGUGGAUGGUCAUUCAAACCCUCACUAGAAUAUGUGCUGAUGCGCAGAGUGUGGUAGAUAUCUAUGUUAAUUAUGAUUGUGACCUGAAUGCUGCUAAUAUUUUCGAGAGGCUGGUGAAUGACCUCUCAAAGAUUGCACAAGGACGAGGAGGCCAUGAACUGGGUACAACCCCACUUCAGGUAAACACACUGUCCUUAAACGGAUUGGUUGAUGCAGAUAUUGUCAUCACUUACACACCCUUAUUCCCUUAUUAUGUUCAUGAGCUCAUAAAAAGACAUUUGAAGUGCUCUUUCCCGUAUAAAAUCAUAUUGUGUGCAUUGGCACUCAAACAAGGACACAUUAAAUUAAUCAAACGUGGCAGUAAAGACAUGUGGAUAAUAUGUAAUCCAUAAA